UUUGGAUGAGACGGAAACAUAUGAACGUCGUUCACUCACCUCGAAAUCCUCUCUUUAUUUGCUCCUUGUUGUCUCAACUCUCCAACACCUACCAAUAAUCCCUCUCUUCAACCCUAUAAUCCUCACUUGCUCCAUUCUUUCUCUCCACCAGCUACCAAUAAAAGCGUUGAAGUCAUCAGGAAAACUAGAGGUGUUUAAUUAGUGUUCGUUAGACUCCAAUUUAGAAGCAGUGGGUUAGAAAACAGGGUUUUAAAACCACCCGUUGCAUUAGAAUUGGAAUUCCGUGAAUGUUCUGAUUCUGGUUCUAGAAGUUAGGCGCAGAGCAUAGAAACUCAAUGGUCAUCUACUAGUAGCAAAAGAACCACACAAAAUCAUUGGUUAUUCAUCCACAAGUCUGGAGCUCUGUUUUGGAUAGAAUUGUUAUCGUGAAGAAUCAAAGGCCGGUGCCCGAGAAUGUCAGAUGCACCUAUCAAUGAUACCAACUCCUCAAUCCUACUGGGAGAACAGACAUGUCAACAGUUUACUCUUGCUGAGAUUCAACUGGCAACCAACAACUUUGACGAGACUUUAGUCAUUGGGCGUGGUGGAUUCGGCAAUGUUUAUAAAUGUCCCAUCAAUAUGGGGUUAGUAAGGGAAGUUGCAGUUAAAAGGUUGCACUGCAUGUCCACCCAAGGGGCCCAUGAAUUUGAGGCGGAAGUUAAGGUUCUUUCUAAGCUGCGACAUGGUAAUCUUCUAUCUCUGGUUGGUUAUUGCAAUGAAGGAAAUGAGAUGCUCCUAGCUUAUGAGUUCAUGCCUAAUGGGACACUUAAAGAUCAUCUUUGCAAAGCUGAUUCCACAUUAUCUUGGUUACAACGACUCAAGAUAUGCAUAGGUGCAGCUCGGGGAUUAGACUACCUUCACACAGGCACAUCAACACAAAAUGGAGUUAUACAUCGCGAUGUGAAGGGGUCCAAUAUUUUGUUGGAUGCAAACUUUGCUGCUAAAAUUUCAGAUUUUGGAUUGGCGAAAGUUGGCCCAAUAGAUCAUACACGAACUUAUGUCAGCACCAAUGUCAAAGGGACAUUUGGCUAUAUGGACCCGUGCUACUUCUAUACUGGAAAAUUGACAAGAAAAUCUGAUGUUUACGCGUUUGGAGUUGUAUUGUUUGAGGUGUUGUCCGGGAGGCAAGCGGUAGAUUCAACGCUUGAUGAAGAGCAAUGAGGCUUAGCACCUUGGGCUCAAGACAAAAUCAAAGAGGGAAAAGUCAAUCAAAUUAUUGACUCAAAACUGAUGGGAUAGCAAUCCAUUGUUUAGGUACCAAACCAAAAGAACGCCCAACCAUGGCUGAGGUUGUCUUUAAGCUGGAGUCUAUUCUGUCACAAGAAAGGGAAAGCAGCAAUUCUAUCGUUAAUGAAGAAAGGUUCAUUUACAAGGUAAGGGCUUUUUUUACAGGCAAAGUUGACAUUAUGUCGGAUGGUGCGGUAGGAAGCAAAUCUAUGAAGCAGGAUGGUAAAGUUGUUAGCAAAUCUGAUUUUAGUGCUCACCAUAUCAGAAAAUUCGCAUACAAUGAGUUGGUAAGUGCAACAAAUAAUUUCAAAGACAUGGAGCGUUGUCCAACUUCUUAUACAUCCAUUUACAAAGGUUGGGUUGAUGAAAAGUCAUAUGCACCAACAAAAUGUGGUAUUGGUUUGGCGAUAUAUGUUAGGGAGGAGGAUAUUCUAACCUGGAAAUGGAAGUUGGACUUGAAACUAUUAGAAUUCAGUCAUCCCAAUAUUACCAGACUCUUGGGAUAUUGCUUGACUAAUGUAACUAUGUUUUGGGUAUAUGAGCUGAUUCCAGGGAUAUGGUUAGAUGAUCAUCUAUUCAAAGCACCAGAUAGAACUCCACUUUCUUGGGCUGCACGAUUGAAAAUAGCACAUGGAGCAGCUCAAGGCCUGUCUUUCUUCCAUCAGAGGAAUCGUCCAGCUUAUAACAAUUUUGAGGGCAAUCAUAUUUUGGUGGACAGGGUAAUGUACACUGCCUUUAGGAUUUUAAUGCUCGGCUUUCCGAUUAUGAAAUAGACAAUUUACUUGCCCCACGUGGCUUCUCUACAUUCGAAAGAGACAAAUUGGAUGGUCUUUUUGGACCUGUGCGUGGAGAUGAAUCUGGAGUGCAGAAUGAGAUCUAUGCUUUUGGAGUGGUACUAUUGAAAAUGCUAACUGGGAUGAAGGAGUAUGAUGAAAGGAUACCCCUCGAACAGAAAAAUUUGAUGGAAUGGGCUACUCCAUUGCUAACAAAUAAGGUAAAUUUGGGAACAAUUAUGGACCCACAACUUCAGCAUAAUAAUCAUCUUCCAAAGGGAGCCUUCGAGUUAGCUCAACUUGUUUCAAAGUGUCUUCAACCAACUCGUGACAAAAAUCUGUCAAUUGAAGAAAUCUCGCAAGUCUUGUAUCAAUGCUAUCAAAAUGAAAUCAUAUCGGGUUGACUCUGAAAUAUCAAAUACAGUUGUUCUUAUGUAAAUAAAAUAAUACAAUUAUUCUUAGGUAAAUAAAUAUAAGAAAGUAAAAUGUACGAUGCUGCAAAUAUUAAAAAGUGUGAAGACUUGACCUCUCACUCGUCUACUAUCUGCUUUCAUGGGCCAGUGUUCUAUUUUCUAUUAACCUUCUAAUGUGUGACAUUAUUUUGUAGGUAUAUAGUAUUAUUAACAUCCGAACACUCUUUCUUACCAAUUUAAAGCUGAAGCUUCAUCUAAUGAACGCAUGCUCUAAUGAGGUGCCCAUUAUCUUUAUAUUAGCUUAAUUCACGAUGCACCAAAAUAAACCAGUUGUAUAAAUUACGUAUGCCUCCAUCUCUUGAAGUUGAUUCUAAUCCACAUUUGUUACAAACCAAUGGCAUCAGGCAGAAAAGGUAGGAGUCGAACACUAAAAAUCAUGCACAUGGUUGUUAGA